CAUGCUGACGCGGCUGCGCGUGUUUACGUGAGGCGACUGCUGCUCCCGUUUCCUGGCGGAGAAGAUGGCGGCUCCUGGACCCGGGGAGUAUUUCAGCGUCGGGAGCCAUGUCUCCUGCCUCACCUGCCUGGGGCAGCGCUUGCAAGGAGAGGUCGUCGCCUUUGACUACCCGUCCAAGAUGCUGACUUUGAAAUGUGCCCCGUCCAGCGGUAAACCCAAUGUCAGCGAUGUGGUUCUGGUUAACUUGGCCUACGUGUCAGAAGUGGACAUAAUCAAUGACCGCACUGAAACACCUCCCCCUUUAGCAUCUCUCAAUUUUAACAAGCUUGUGAAUAGAGCACGGGCAGAAAAGGAAGACAAGUUGUCACAAGCUUAUGCGAUUAGUGCUGGUGUCUCUGUGGACGGCCAACAGCUGUUCCAGACCAUUCAUAAAACCAUCAAAGACUGCAAAUGGCAGGAGAAAAACAUCAUAGUGAUGGAAGAUGUGGUCAUCAGUCCUCCAUACCAAGUGGACAACUGCAAAGGCAAAGAGGGCAGCGCUUUGAGCCAUGUGCGGAAAAUAGUGGAAAAACACUUUCGAGAUGUGGAGAGCCAAAAAUCAGUGCAGCAUUCACAGCAAGCACAACAAACACAGAAGGACUCUGCUUUAUCGUCAUGAGCAUGGGCUCUGUGAGAGGAAACACUAUGCUGACAAAGUGUUUAAUUUUUCUUUUCUUUUUUAUAUUUUCUGAUGUUUUGUUUUUUUACCAAUUGCCAGACAAAGGUUGACAUAGCUGAUACUCAGCAUUUUGAGAAGGAAUUAUGGUUCUAGACAUCAAAAAAGAAAAUCUUCUCCCUCUGAUAAAAGAAAGAGGAAAAGAGUGCUGAGUGCUGUCUUGAAAUAUUAUUAAAUUUAGAAAAGAUUUGGCAUCUCAUUCAACAAAAUCACUCACUCACCCCACCCCCCUAAACUUAAAUGUAUUUUUUAUUUUUUUCUCCCUUUUUCAACUUACCUACUUAUUCAUUUCAUUUCAACUUGAUUAACCACGAAACAAUAUAUUUUUCCACUUCAAAUGGAAAAAAAGACUGGAACAAAAAAUAUUUUCUUAAGUUAUAAAGCUGUAUAACUUUUUAUUUCCAUGGCAGCAUGUACCUAUUUUUUUUUUUCAUAGCUGUGACUGAUACGAUGCGAGCAUUGUUGCUUACGUAAGUAAGGGUUGAAGAAGCUGUGUGGGCAAUUGAAUUGCACUUAUCUACCCAACAUCUCAUUUUCUGAAAAAUGUUUUUAAAUCUACAACACAAUCUUAUUUUUAUUGUCAGAUGAAGGAGAGACACUCUUGAGUACUGUAUUCAUCCUUACACUUUACAUGUAGAACAACAUCUUCACAUUCAUCUCCAGGGGCAGUUGACAAUAAUGGAAAGCCAACACUAGGGAAAUACACUUGGCAUUAUAUUAUGUUGUCAUUUUCUUCCAUAUUGGUCCUGUACUUGCCAUUUUAAAUACCUCUUCCAUAAUGGGACCAUUUUCUAAGAUGCAAUGUUUGUAGAUUUAUUAUAAUUUUUUUAAACGCAUCCAAAUGCAGUGAUGGAUAAGAGACUUGCACCUCUCUUUGACUUCCACGCAUUCCUUCAUACUCCAGCAAUGGUGAUUUUUAUUUAGAUGUGUGUUGGCAUAAGAAGACUCAUAUCUUUCUCGUCUCUUACAACGGGACUGGUCUCUUUUCUGAAUGGGAAUCUUUGUAAUCACCUUUUUGGAAAAAGGAAAUGUUAAAGCGAUAUCUUGCCAUGUUAAGAGACUAGGACAGGGGGAAAUGGGCGGCAGUGGCUCAAAGCCGAAAUCCUCCCCAUCCCAGCCACGUGAACCUCGUAGCCUGAUGGAGGCUCUAGCAGUGGCGCCAAGCGGUAACUGGCACCCACGUUGACAUACCAAUUUAUAUUGCUUUGUGUUAACGGGGUUGCUGUUCGCCUAUAGGUUUCUUUCACAGUAUUUUAUUUUGAAUUUUUAAAUAGUAAUGAAGAAAUAAAAAAGACGAACCUGU